AUGAUUGAAGAAGUCAAACCGUCCCAAAUGCCUACUACCAAAACCACUGAUAUCGACCUGGCGCGGGUCGGGAGCAUCCCUGGAGAGGUUGAAGAUUUACCAGACCCAAAAGUGAAGAGGAGUUUGAUAUGGAAGCUCGACUUGAUCAUUCUGCCCGUGCUCGGUAUGAUCUACUUCACCAACAGCCUCGACCGAGCCAACCUUGGAAACGCGAAGACCGAUGGCAUCGAGAAGGACCUUCAUUUUGGUACUAACCAGUACUCCUUGGUCUUGACGUUGUUCUAUAUUCCCUAUGGUCUCUUGAAUAUACCCACCACAAUUCUGGCCAAACGCUUCAGCCCGGCCGUCGUGAUCCCCAUUCUCAUGUUCGGCUGGGGUGCUGUGUCCAUUGGAGCUGCUGCGGCCAAGAACUUUGGCGGCAUUGCCGCGACGAGAGUUCUGCUGGGCGUCGUGGAGGCUGGGUUUUUCCCCUCGGCCAUCUACUACCUAUCCAUGUUUUACACCCGUCAUGAAAUUGCUAAAAGAAUCUCGUUAUUCUACAUGAUGGGAUUCGUUGCCAACGCGUUCUCGGGAUUGAUCGCCUACAGUGUCUUCCAAUGGCAUACAAAGCUUCACAACUGGCAAUAUCUUUUCAUUAUCGAGGGGAGCUUAACAGUUUUUCUCUCCGUCGUCGCAUUCACGAUCCUGCCUCGAAGCUUGGCGGCCUCGCGAUAUUUCAGCCAGGAGGAGAAGACCUUGGGAGCACUUCGACUGCAAAGGGAGUUUGAAAUGGAGCCCACCAAGUUCUCCUGGUCGGCUGCCCUGAAACCACUGUUGAACUGGCAUACGUGGAUGUUCGGCGGCAUGUCGUUGUGCUACGGAGUUGCCGCGGCCACCCUCUCGAAUUUUCUGCCUACCCUUAUCAAGCGAUUGAAGCCCGACACCGUCCAGGCCAAUCUCUUCACCAUCGCACCCAACCUCAACGGAGCUGUGUGGAUUGUGGUCGUGUGUUGGAUUUCCGACCGGUUUCAGGCGCGAGGCAUCUGGUCCGUCAUCACUAUGGGGACGUCGAUGAUCGGGUUCAUCUGCUUGGGCUCGGUUGAUCUUGUCCACCAGGCGGGAGUCGGCUACUUUUUCACGUUUCUGUUGACAUUUGGGACGUUUACCCCGGCCGUGUUGGUCCCGGCGUGGGCGACCAGCAACAUCACUUCCAACUCGGCACGUGCCACCACUCUCGGCCUGCUCUCGGGACUCCAGAACAUUGCGGGAAUCAUCUCGUCGUAUGCGUUCAGAAGCCAGGAUGCUCCGAUCUAUCGACCCGCCUUGAUCGUUUCCGGAUGCUUCCAGGGCGGCAUGCUGCUGACGGCCUCGUUUGCGUGGUUCUACUACAGACGGGUCAACCAGCAGCUCGACAGCGGGAAGAGGACGUGCGUGCGCGGCAUGGAGCAGAAUCCCGACUUCCGAUACGUGCUGUAA